UCACAAUUCAUGAUCGUCGCACUAUACCUUCCUAUACCUACAGUUACUAUCACCAAGUCUGUCGCUCCAUCGAACAAAACUUUUGGCGUCUUGUGUCAUCCAUUCGACAUCAUUCGAAUUGUGAUUCUCGUUCGAGGUGGGCUAGAAUCGCACGCAUCCGGCUUGUGGCAAACGAAGAGCAUAAUUACAACAAAAAUAGAACUCUGUUAUCCACAAAUAUCAACAGGACAUACUCUUAAUUGUGUGAUACAGUUCUUUCGGUGCUUGUUGCUCGGCUGGCCGUCUGAACAGUAUUUAGGAUGAAUAAAAACGGAUCCCACACAGCUACGGCUGCACCCAGCAUCAAUAAGAGCAACAACAGCAGUAGCAGCGGAGCCGGUUCAGCAAACAUCAACCUGUUUCAGGAAACUAUAAUACGCCUGAUGCUCUUUGCCCUAUACAUCUACUUCGAAUGGAAGGAAGCGUUCGUUCGAAUAAUUCAUCCGGAGGAAAUGUGGCUCUACAAGAACCCCAUCAGUCCCAGCUAUGUCCCGUUGGUUCUUCUAUACCCGGUCGUGUUUGGUCUAGUGGGACUAGCGUUCAUCAUUUACUACAUCCGUAGUCGGGAUUUCCACGAUUUUAAAUGUGCCUGGCUGGGUUUCUCGUUGGCCUGCACUCUCAACGGAGCCCUAACCGAUAUCUUAAAGGUAGCUGUUGGCCGGCCUCGGCCUGACUUUUUCAAUCGCUGCUUCCCGGACGGGCAGAUGACUAGCGACAUGGCUUGCACUGGAGACGCAUGGACAGUCAAGGAUGGACGAAAGAGUUUUCCCAGUGGACAUUCCUCGUUUGCUUUCGCGGCUCUGGGAUUUCUGGCGUGGUAUCUUUUUGCAAAACUGCAUGUCUUUACCGAACGUGGUAGAGGUCAGACUUGGCGGCUGCUGAUCGCUGGUGGUCCUCUGUUUGCCGCUCUUUUGGUUGCAAUCAGUCGGACUUGUGACUACCAUCACCACUGGCAGGAUGUGACGGUGGGUUCACUGUUAGGAUUAACCGUCGGAUAUCUUAGCUAUCGGCAGUAUUAUCCAGCGAUGGAUACGCGAUAUUGCUAUCUGCCAUAUGGAGGAGAAACAGUAUUAAACUCUAACUUAAACAGAAAAUCUAUCUGUAAAGGAGACCAACUUCCAGACGAUUCCGAUUCGGAAACUAAAAGGCUGUUAGGCGGCGAGAACAAGGAUAGUAAAUGGACGUAGUCGUGAGAUUACGGCAAUUUUUCUCUAUACAUGUGGCAUUUUAAAAGAGUAUGAGUCGUAAUAGUACCUUCCAACAGAAACUUAAAUGUGAUAAGGAAGCUUAGUUUUAUUUAAAAUCUGAUACAGGAUAAAACAAACAUAACAAUGUUAUUGGCUAAAUGCAUAAACACUCUAGUGGUUUGACCACAAUACCAAUUGGUAGCAAAUCCAGUGAACACUUA